AAAGCACAAUGUUUGAAAAGGAAACAUUUUUGGGCUGCAGGUGUUAACGAUUUAUUUGCUGUAGAUCAGCAUGAUAUGUGGCUAAGAUUUGGCCUUGCUCUUCAUACUGGAAUUGAACCUUUCUCAGGGCACAUCAUGUGGAUCCAUGUGUGGCAUUCUAAUAGGAACCCACAGCUCAUUCUCAGCUACUACUUGGAUACAAUUCAGAAUCUUGAUAUGCCGAUGGUGACACAAAGUGACCCUGGUACCAAGAACUAUGGCAUUGUGAAUGCCCACAUGAUGCUACAGCAGUGGCAUGAUCCUGCGCUGCAAGGCACACUCCAGCAUUGUUGGAUGCAGUCAAAGAAGAAUGUGAUGCCAGAAAUUACAUGGUCGCAGUUAUGCCACCGCUUCACUCCCAGCUUCGAAUCAAUAUUAGACCAGGGAGUCAAUGAAGGUUGGUACAACACCAACAAUACUCUACAAGUAAUGGUAUUCCAUUGGGUCUUCAUUCCUUGGUUGCAAUGCAAACUCAAUGCAUACCAGGAUCGCAUUAAUAACACAGCAAAGAGGUGUGAUCGCAACAAGGUACUUCCGCAUGGUGUUCCCAAUCUCAUCUAUGAGUUGCCUGAAGAUUUCGGUGCUCUGGACUUCAAGGUAUGUCAUACUAAUGUGUCCUUCAAGUUUCAGACACUUACUCAUAAUUUUCAGAUCACCAUAGAACAAGCCACUAUUGAUCAUGUUUGA